AUUUGAUUUCAUUCAAAGAUCAGUCAACUUGUUUAGGUGAAUAACACUUAACCUGCUAUUCAUUAGAAUUGAUUUGUAUUGGUCUGGUGCUGUUCAAUUGAGAGUUUGAUCCUGUUAUUCCGAUUUGAGUUUUUCCCACGUCACCAAUCCAAUAAUACUUAAUUGUUAACAAAUAAUAUGACUACAUAUGAAAAGAUUGUUAAAGGAGCUACCAAAGUGAAAGUAGCGGCUCCGAAGCCUAAAUACAUUGAACCAAUAUUAAUGUCAACCUCAAUAGAUCACUCGGUGGCUGCUGAAAAUUUCCAUACGGUAAUGAGGGCUUUACAAACAAGACUUCAAGAUAGUGCAUGGUCAGUUGUUUAUAAAUCAUUAAUUGUGAUUCAUAUAUUGAUUAGAGAAGGUGAUCGAGAUGUUACUUUGAAAUUUUUAUCUCAAAAAGCUCCUUAUAUGUUAAAUUUAUCUGAUUCGAAUAUUCUGAAAAAUCAUAAUUUUAAUUCAGAUGUUCGGUUUAUUAUGAAAUACGCUAAAUAUUUACAUGUUCGGGUUAAGCAAUACGCCGAAACUGGUAUCGACUAUGUUAGAGACGAAAGAUCAAAUAAUAGUACUAAUCAAAGUGGCGGUAGACUACGUUCAUUAGCAGUGGAAAAAGGGUUAUUAAGAGAAGCUGAAAGUGUUCAAAAACAAAUUGAUUCCCUAUUGAAAAAUAAUUUUACUGAAAAUGAUGUAAAUAAUGAUAUUACUUUAACUGCUUUCCGUUUAUUAGUUAAUGAUUUAUUAGCUUUAUUUCAAGAAUUAAAUGAAAGUGUUAUAAAUUUAUUAGAACAUUAUUUUGAAAUGUCGAAGGUUGAUGCUGAAAGAGCUUUAAAAAUUUAUAAAAAAUUUGUUGAUCAAACAAAAUAUGUUAUUGAUUAUUUAAGAGUUGCAAAACAUUUAGAAUACGCUACCAAACUUCAUGUCCCAACGAUAAAACAUGCCCCAACUGCAUUAACUUCUUCUUUAGAAGAAUACUUAGAUGAUCCAAAUUUCGAACUUAAUAGAAGACAAUAUCUCAUGGAAAAAAAUUUAGAUACAAGUAAACCUUCAUCUGGUAAAAAAGACGUGAAAAUUUCGAAUCCUCCUCCUGAAAACUUACAACCUCCAAAUCAAAAUCAAGAUUCUUCCAAUAGUCAAAGACCAGAGUCCCUUAUAGUUCAACAGUCAACUUUUAAUCCUUGGGCUGGUAAUAUUGGUCAAGUUCAAGCUCCAAUUUUUACAAACCCCAACGGUAAUCAAUUAGGUAUGAUUCCUCAAGGCCAAGUAGUAAACCAACAACAACAAGUUCAAGCACAGCAACAAGUUCAAGCACAACCACAAAUUAAUCCGACAUACACUGGAGCUGGCUUUGGUGGUUAUGGUCCUCAAUCAAAUAACCCAAUUCAAUCCCAAGUCACUGGUAAUAACCCAUUCUUACAACCCCAACAAACUCAAACUCAACAACUAGGUACCAAUACUCAAGCUUUUAAUCAGUUAUCACAACCUCAACAACAAUUCCAGCCGCAACUUCAACCUCAAUAUACUCAACCUCUUCCUCAACAGCAGCAAUUUGUUCAACCACAACAAUCAUUACAACCUCAACUAACCGCCCCUCAAAAUGGUAAUGCUGGUGGAUUAAAACGUUCCAAUACUAACCCAUUCGCUAAAUUAACAUCUUCCGUUACUGGUAAUCCAAUUUCGGCAAAUAAUACAAACCCUUUUGCCAAUACAAGAUUUGCAAAUAAUAACACAACAGCAUUAACUUUCGAAAAUGAACGUCCUCAACCUAAUAGCGUACAACCUAUUAAUCCAACCACUACCGGUAGCAAUCCUUUUAAAGUUUCACAAACCACAACAAACCUUUUCAAUCAUGCUCAAUCUCAACCUCAAACUUUGAAACCUCAGCCAACCGCUGGAGGAUUAGAAAAUUUACCAACUGUUGCUGUAUUCCCGAAAACCCAAGAAGAUCAACAAAGAGAUUUGUAUAUAAAUCAAGCUAAGGUUGGAUUACAACAACAAGCUACUGGAUUUCAACAAUUUCAACAACAACCCACCCAGCAGUUUCAACAACAACCCACCCAGCAGUUUCAACAACAACCCACCCAGCAGUUUCAACAACAACCUACUCAACCAUUCCAACAGCAACCCACUCAACCAUUCCCACAACAACCAUUUCAACAACAACCUACCCAGCAAUUCCAGCAACCACCUCAACAAUUCCAGCAGGCUCCUAUUCAACAACCAGUUUUCACAAAUAGUGUUUAUGAAGGACCUAGUUUGAUCUAGUUCCACAGUUCUUUUUAAUUUCCGUUUUCCUAAAUUUGCUUUUAUCUUUUUCUUAAUUUUUAUAACAAUUAACUUCAUCAAUUUAAACAGUAUAAUGCUUUGUUCAUUUUCUCAUUUGUUUUACUAAAAAAUCUUCAUACAUUUUUAUACUCAAGUUAC